AUGUCUCCCUUCUCCAAGAUGUCUCCCUUCGCCCCCCAAGAUGUCUCCCUUCGCCCAAGAUGUCUCCCUUCGCCCCAAGAUGUCUCCUUUAAGAUGUCUCCUUCGCCCCCAAGAUGUCUCCUUCGCCCUCAAGAUGUCUCCCUUCGCCCCCAAGAUGUCUCCUUCGCCCCCAAGAUGUCCUUCGCCCCCAAGAUGUCUCCUUCGCCCCCAAGAUGUCUCCUUCGCCCCAAGAUGUCUCCCUUCGCCCCAAGAUGUCUCCCUUCCCCCCAAGAUGUCUCCUUCGCCCUCAAUAUGUUCCUUCCCCAAGAUGUCUCCUUCGCCCCAGAUGUCUCCUUCGCCCUCAAGAUGUCUCCUUCGCCCCAAGAUGUCUCCUUCGCCCUCAAGAUGUCUCCCUUCGCCCUCAAGAUGUCUCCUUCGCCCUCAAUAUGUUUCCUUCGCCCCAAGAUGUCCCUUCGCCCCAAGAUGUCUCCUUCCCCAAGAUGUCUCCUUUCCUCCAAGAUGUCUCCUUCGCCCCCAAGAUGUCUCCCUUCCGCCCCAAGAUGUCUCCCUUCGCCCUCAAUAUGUUUCCUUCGCCCUCAAAGAUGUCUCCUUCGCCCCCAAGAUGUCUCCUUCGCCCUCAAGAUGUCUCCUUCGCCCUCAGAUGUCUCCUUCGCCCUCAAUAUGUUUCCCUUCUUCCCCAAGAUGUCUCCUUCGCCCUCAAUAUGUUUCCUUCGCCCUCAGAUGUCUCCCUUCGCCCUCAAGAUGUCUCCUUCGCCCUCAAGAUGUCUCCUUCGCCUCAAUGAUGUCUCCUUCACCCUCAAGAUGUCUCCUUCGCCCUCAAGAUGUCUCCUUCGCCCCCAAGAUGUCUCCUUCGCCCUCAAGAUGUCCCUUCGCCCUCAAUAUGUCUCCUUCACCCUCAAGAUGUCUCCCUUCGCCCUCAAGAUGUCUCCUUCGCCUCAGAUGUCUCCUUCCCCUCAAGAUGUCUUCCUUCGCCCUCAGAUGUCUCCUUCGCCUCAAGAUGUCUCCUUCGCCCUCAAGAUGUCUCCCUUCACCUCAAGAUAUGUCUCCUCCUCCCCUCAGAUGUCUCCCUUCGCCCUCAAGAUGUCUCCCUUCGCCCUCAAGAUGUCUCCCUUCGCCCUCAAGAUGUCUCCCUUCGCCCUCAGAUGUCUCCCUUCGCCCCAAAGAUGUCUCUCCUUCGCCCUCAAGAUGUCUCCCUUCACCCUCAAGAUGUCUCCCUUCGUCCCUAAGAUGUCUCCUUCGCCCUCAAGAUGUCUCCUUCGCCCCAAGAUGUCUCCCUUCCCCCCAGAUGUCUCCUUCGCCCCCAAGAUGUCUCCUUCGCCCCAAGAUGUCUCCUUCGCCCUCAAGAUGUCUCCCUUCCUUCCAAUGUCUCCUUCGCCCCAAGAUGUCUCCCUUCGCCCCCAAGAUGUCUCCUUCGCCCCCCAAGAUGUCUCCUUCGCCCCCAAGAUGUCUCCCUUCGCCCCAGAUAUGUCUCCUUCGCCCCCAAGAUGUCUCCCUUCGCCCCAAGAUGUCUCCUUCGCCCCCAAGAUGUCUCCUUCGCCCCAAGAUGUCUCCUUCGCCCUCAAUAUGUUUCCCUUCGCCCUCAAGAUGUCCUUCGCCCUCAAUAUGUCUCCUUCGCCCUCAAGAUGUCUCCUUCGCCCUCAAGAUGUCUCCUUUGCCCUCAAGAUGUCUCCCUUCGCCCUCAAGAUGUCUCCUUCGCCCUCAAGAUGUCUCCUUCGCCUCAAGAUGUCUCCCUUCCCCCAAGAUGUCUCCUUCGCCCUCAAGAUAUGUCUCCUUCGCCCUCAAGAUGUCUCCUUCGCCCUCAAAGUCUCCCUUCGCCCCAAGAUGUCUCUCUUCGCCCUCAAGAUGUCUCUCUUCGCCCUCAAGAUGUCUCCCUUCGCCCUCAAUAUGUUCCUUCGCCCCAAGAUGUCUCCUUCGCCCCAAGAUGUCUCCUUCGCCCUCAACAUUAUAACAC